GGAAUUGAUGCCCGAUAGUGGAUGUCACUCCUCACUGUUCUAUGGACGAUUCCUACCUGCUCUGUACAAUUGUCAUGCACUUCUUCUUGUUGGGAGCUCUCUCUUAGCUCUCGAGUUGUCUUUGUCUCUGUAUCGUAGUAGUUGUUUGCUGUAUGUGGUCUGCUACCUGUAGAAGGACAUGCUCAUUCUUUUGGAUGAUGAUGUCUUCGGUACAGUUGUUUCAUAUCCUAUCUAUAGCAUGUUCAUCAGAAUAAAUUUAUGAUGAAAGGGCUUUGUGACUUUUCAUAAAAUCGUCCUCAAAUUUCAAUCUCAAAAUCAAACAUAAUAAAAUUACAAAUCUCAUCUCAUACAAGAAUUUAUCAUUAAUUGGAGAUGUGUGUGUGUGUCAGGAAAUCUAAAUGUAAGUUGCUCAUUCUUUUGGAUGAUGAUGUCUUCGGUAUAGUCAUUUCAUAUCCUAUCUAUAGCAACUUGUAUUUAGAUUUUCGGACACAGAGAUGAAUUCAAAGUAGAUUUAUCCUUUCUGAGAGCUUAGUCUACUUGAUUAUUAUAUCUUUAAUUAAUGAUAGAUUUUGAUGAUGGAAAAAUCAAGAUCUUAUUAAGGAAAGAAAGAUCUUUUAUUUUUCUUGUCCGAGAUAGAUUUGUGAUUUUAUUAUGUUUGAUUUUGAGAAUAGAAUUUGAGGACGACUUUAUGGAAAGAUAUAUAUUUCUCUUCGUCUUCCUCUAAUUGACCGGAAGUUUGUGAUUCUUGAGGAUUCCGUGUUUCGAGUCCGAUGAUACUGUGCUAUAUAAAGAUGGGCGAAGGAUUCUUGUUCCCGGCAGCGACGAUGGCGAGGAAGAAGCUGAAGCUUGCAUGGAUCGCCAACGAGUCCACGAGGAGGGCCACCUACAAGAAGAGGAAGAAGGGGUUGGUGAAGAAGGUGAGCGAGCUGGCGACGCUUUGCAACGUGAAGGUAUGCAUGGUGAUCUACGGGCCGCAGGAGGCGGAGCCGGAGGCGUGGCCAUCGGUGCCGGAGGCAGUUGGGGUGCUGACGCGGUUCAGGAGCAUGCCGGAGAUGGAGCAGCAGCGGAAGAUGAUGGACCAGGAGGGCAUCCUCCGACAGCGGGCCGCCAAGGUGCAGGAGCAGCUCCGCCGGCAGGAGCGCGACAACCGCGACCUGGAGGCCGCGUUGCUGAUGCACCAGGCGCUCGCGGGGCGGCGCCUGCACGACCUGGGGAUCGAGGACGCCACCGGCCUAGCGUGGGUGGUGGACCGGAAGCUGAAGGCGGUGCAGGAAAAGAUCAACCAGGAGAUGACGCAGCUGGCGCUGCUGUCGGCCGAGGCGUCGUCGGCCGGCGACAAGGAGCCCAAGAACCCCAUGGAGAUGGCCAUGGAGACGCUUCAGCGGCAGAAUUGGCUCCUCAAUCCCAUCCACUCCAACGCCAACGCCAACGCCGACGCAGUCUUUGGCGGUGGCGAAGAGAUCAUGCCCAUCUCUUACAGUGACCACAACGCCACCUGGCUCGAUCCUUACUUCCCCGUCAACUGACAACAAUGGUUGCCUCAUCGUCGGCAACUUUGCAUCCUUGUCUAAUUUAAUGCUUGUAUAUAAAUAAUAUUUAAUGCUUGUCUUUGCAUCUCUUUAUCUUGAUGAAAAACACUUGAACAGUCUUCAACUCAAUCUUUAUCUCAGAAUUCUUUUUGGUU